GACCCCAGAGGCCACCCUGGCCCGUUCCAGAAAGUGGUGGGCCCUGGGAUACUCCCCUCCCAGGGUGUCUGGUGGCCGGCCUAUGCCUAUCCCUGCUGUCCCCGGGGUGAGCCCGGAGGUCAGGAGCUCCAGAAGGGCUAGCUGGGCAUAUUCUGGGACUGGCCAUCAGCCCCCAUUUCUGCUGCAGACCUGGUCAGAGCCAGUGUUCCCUCCAUGGGGCCUGAAGACAGUGCCAAGUGCCUGCACCAUGGACCGCAGCUGUGCCGCUGGGCAGCUGGUGACGGUCCCACGCGGGAGCGCUGUGGACCCCGCUCUCUGGGCAGCCCUGCCCUAGGCCUGGACACCUGCAGAGCCUGGGACCAUGUGGAUGGGCAGAUCCUGGGCCAGCUGCGGCCCCUGGCAGAGGAGGAAGAGGAGGAGGGCGCCGGGGCCAUGUCGCCCAGGGGGCCUGCCUUCCCCGGCAUGGGCUCUGAAGAGCUGCGUCUGGCCUCCUUCUAUGACUGGCCGCUGACGGCUGGGGUGCCGCCCGAGCUGCUGGCCGCUGCCGGCUUCUUCCACACAGGCCAGCAGGACAAGGUGAGGUGCUUCUUCUGCUACGGGGGCCUGCAGAGCUGGAAGCGCGGGGACGACCCCUGGACGGAACAUGCCAAGUGGUUCCCCAGCUGCCAGUUCCUGCUCCGGUCAAAAGGAAGAGACUUUGUCCGCAGUGUGCAGGAGACUCACUCUCAGCUGCUGGGCUCCUGGGACCCGUGGGAAGAACCGGAAGAUGCAGCCCCUGUGGCCGCCUCCGUCCCUGCCCCUGGGGACCCUGAGCUGCCCACGCCCAGAAGAGAGGUCCAGUCUGAAAGCGCCCAGGAGCCAGGAGCCAGGGACGUGGAGGAGCAGCUGCGGCGGCUGCAGGAGGAGAGGACGUGCAAGGUCUGCCUGGACCGUGCCGUGUCCAUCGUCUUUGUGCCAUGCGGCCACCUGGUCUGUGCUGAGUGUGCCCCCAGCCUGCAGCUGUGCCCCAUCUGCAGAGCCCCCGUCCGCAGCCGUGUGCGCACCUUCCUGUCCUAGGCCAGGUACCGUGGUCGGCCAGGUGGGCUGCAGAGUGGGCUCCCUGCCCCUGUCUGCCUGUCCUGGACUGUGUUCUGGGCCUGCUGAGGACGGCAGAGCUGGUGUCCAUCCAGCACCCACAAACCCUGAUUCCCUGACCACCAUCCAGGGUGGAGAAGGAAGCCCCUGCUUGGCAUGGGGGAUGCCUUUACUGUACCUGUUUGGAUGCUUCUGAAUAGAAAUAAAGUGGGUUUUCCCUGGAUGUACCCAGCAGCCUG